AUGGGCCAAAAUGAAGGCGCGUCUCGAGGAGUCGACCACAUUACGGACGUCACGGCAUUGCCAAAGGACAUGUUGUUCAGAGAAACUGCUUAUAGCGCCAACGAGCUUGGCAUGUUCAACUCUGCUAGAAUGGCUGCAGGCUACAGAGGUGGGUUUUAA